AUGGUCAAUUCGACCAGUGGAGGGGGGCAUCAAGAUCCCCCACAAGGGUCAGGAACAGUAGCAGCAAGUACUACACAUGUUUCAACAUCUACGUCGCAAGAACAGGAAAUAGCCAUGUUGGGAGGAUCUGCAGCUGCAGUUAGUUCCCAAGCCAUGCCCGAAAACACAACAGGAACGAUCCCAAUUUCCAGUUCGACUACCAUGCCUCAGGCGACAGGCACAAAUGAGAUGCUUCAUUUCUCGACAAGUCAAGUACAAUCUCCAAGGCCGUUCUCAUCCCCAUUUGAUGUAUGGAGGCCUGGAAACCCUUAUGGAAUGCCGUAUUCUUAUUUGGCAGGAUCUACAUAUACUGCACCUAAUGCCACGACAUUUUCGCCUAAUACAGGUUCGGUAGGUCAAAGUGCACAAAAUGCAGGCACAUCUAGCCAAUUGCCUCUUUUAACUACCAACAGUCAAGCAACGUUUAGGCAAGAAAUGGACGCAAGUAACCAUGAUAUGCUAGGUGCUCCUGCCAAAGAAAUAGGGUCGCUCUUUACCCCAUUAGUAGCAAACAUGACCAUAACUAACUAG